UACUACAUAUGUAUGAAAGUGUAGAUACCUAUUUGACUUCAUAUGUAUAGAUGUGUUCGAUAACAAAGUUAGCCAACACCAACCAACAAUCAAAAUCAAGAGCGUAAGCGAAAAUUCUCUCCCAAAGAGAAGAAACAGCAAAACAGUAAACGAACAGAAAAUUUGUCAACAAUGAAAAAUAACGGUAGGAGAGUACACAAAUAGCCAGACGGUUCCUUACUGCAGAUUUUAGUCAGAAAUAGUCAGUUCUUCCCGUACACGUAUCUAUAACAUCUUCAGUGCUCUCAUCCGCAUUAAGUCUAUCGAUACAAAGAUUUGCGGCCCGAAAUGGGAAUACAGCAAACUUAAAACCGAAAAAAAAACAAAUGUGGACUAAAAUGGAGAAUAAGCGAGGAGCUUUGUGAAAAAGGUCAUAUGUUUGCCGCCGCCCAAGUAGAGGGGAAAUUUUUUAGUUUAGAGCGCCAAUACAAGAAGACGCAGCUCAAUAACUCUUUGACUGGUCGCAAUACGCUUAACUGUCCCUACUAUAGUGAACUGAAUGAUUUAUUAAGAGCUAAGAAGGGUAUUCACCCGGAAUUUGUACUGGAUAGCGAGACGGUGGUCAAACCUGCUGAGGCUUUACAGGAUUUGGACGAUUAUAUGGAGUCCCCACUUUCGUCCCAAAGCGGCAACGAACAACGACUUCACCCCAUUGAACUCCAAAACUUGCUGGAAAG